AAUUACCUAUGUUACUUCAGCAAUUACAAAAACAAAAAUCUGACAUGGAUAAGUCAGAUGGUGGAAGUGGACCUAACAUUGGGGGUAAUGAUCCUACUUUUGGAGGUAAUGAUCCAAACUUCGGAGGCAAUGGACCUAACUUUAGAGGUAAUGGGCCAAACUUUGGAGGUAAUGGGCCCAACUUUGGAGGGAAUAACCGUAACAUUGGAGGAAAUGGUCCCAACUUUGGAGGAAAUGGUCCUAACUUUGGAGGAAAUGGUCCUAACUUUGGAGGAAACGGUCCCAAUUUCAGAGGAAACGGUCCCCCUUUCGGAGGAAAUGGCCCCAAUUUUGGAGGAAAUCGUCAAAAUUACGGAGGCAAUGGUCCCAAUAAUGGACCAAACCGGCCGAAUUUCGGAGGAAACGCACCAAACUUCCGUGGCAAUGGUCCGAAUUUUGGUGGCAACGGGCCUAAUUUUGGCCCGAAUGGACCCAAUUUCAAUAGGUUUGGGCCAAAUGGUCCUAAUUUCGGAGGAGGGAACGGCCCGAAUUUCCGCGGAGAUGGUCCGAACUUUAGAGGUGGCAAUGGUCCGAAUUUCGGUGGUGGUGGUGGUAAUAAUGGGGCAAAUUUUAGCAGAAUGGGUCCCAACGACGAUCGACGUAAUUUUGGCGGUAAUAAUAACAUGGGCGAUCGCGGAGGGCAGAAUUCAUUCCGAAGUGGUCCCGAGGAUAAUGAAAGACAAGGAGGCCCAGAUGGUGGAAACGAUGCUACAGGAACGGACAAUUCGAAUUCUUCAUGGGUUGAUGGUGGUGGUAAUAAGAAGCCUAAUUUUAAUAAAAGACAGAGGAAUCCCAAGUCUGGAAACCGCAAUUAGAGCACAUAAUCUACUACAUACCAUACCAGUUGAUGAUAGUUGUUUGCAUUAGACUUAAGUUGUCGCUAAAACAGUUGAGAUUUUUAAACUUAAAUCGACGAGUAAAAAUUAUAACAAAACAACAAAACAUAUUUACACUUACGAGUUACAGGUGUUUUCGAACUCUUAAUUGCUAGUUAAACAACUUUUGAUUUUUUACUAUAUGUAAUGUGUGUGUGUCGCUGUUGUCAAAAUACAAUGAAUUAGCUGCAAUAGUUGCCGACUUUGUUCUAUGUGCCGGUGCAGGUCUGUUACUGUUUAAAAACAGUCCAACAUGUGACAUGUGACCACCGAGUAAUAUAGAAAAGUUGCUGAUGCCGCCGCAAUUCUUAUGUAUGAUGCAACAGUUGACCAGCUCGCCGAUAACUAUUGGAUUUAUAGACAUAAUCUUCAUACAUACUACUACUAUAUGCUUACAACAACAUACCCUAUUAAAAGGUAUAGAAUAAAAGUUUGAAUUUCAUCAACACAA